AUGGUUGUCGAUGCGAAACCUGCAGAAAAAGCUCCAACGGAGCUAGGUCUACUCUGGAGAGAUGCAUUCCAAUGCUACAACGAUGCCGUUGGAAAAAAAGGCCUCAAACUCAGCCUAGACGGUAGUCAUCUCGUCACAAGCUUGGCCGAUGUCGUGGGUUCCGUCGACACGUCCAAAAAAUCAAUCGGCGAUCAGGUCGCUUCUUCUGCUGCUGCGUCCUUUCCUCCUGCUAGCGCGAUUUGGACCGUUGCAACAUAUGCCAUCAAAGCAUGCCAGGCUCAAUCCAAGGACUAUGACCAGUUGCUGAGCCUUAUCGGAGAAGCUGGAUCCUUCUUAAAGACACUCCAGAUUAUCGAGGAAAAAUUUCCCGACUGCGACUCUUAUGCGGAUUGUGUCACAGAGGCAUUAACCUCCCUCAUGGUCGUCUUUGCUAUUCAGACCAGGUACAUGUGGGAAGGAAGGCCGUUAAGAUUCUUGCAUAACCUCGUCGGAGGAGGCGGCGACGCCAAACUUAGCGCAGCUUACGGCGAUGUUACCACUGCCAUCUCUCGUCUGAGUCGCGCAAACGGCUUGGUGGCUGUGAAAAACACCGAGGAAAUUAAGGCAUUGAUAGGAAGUCUCGGCCAGAACAUCGACUUUGUCUAUGAGGAAAUGGUUGUCUACUUUAGAGACCAAGGCCAACGGAUUGAGGCUGGAUUCGACCUCCAGGAAAUGAAUUUCAAGCGUCAGAGCGCCUCACUGGCUAGCAUUCAACGCAGCAUCAGAGAGUUGAGAAGCCAGUUGGAUCAGGACACGAACGCCGAGGAGGCUGCGCAGUCCGCGGCAGACGCUGUCACUGGGAAAUCGGGGGCGUUGAAUAUCGUAAAGCAGUUUUUCGGGUCACCUCCAAGCCCCUCGGCCAAAUUCAAAGAGCUGCGUCGGUCGUUCGUACCCGGCACGGACUCUUGGCUCUAUGAGCAAAAGGAGUACCAAGAAUGGCAGGAUGGUGAGACAAAUUUCCUCUGGAUUACCGGGAAGCCAGGAUUGGGUAAGACUCAUCUGGCCUACUCAAUCGUCGAAUCACUCCGAGCCAAGUCGAGCAACGACCCUCAGGCCUCAGUCGCAUAUUACUUCUUCCAGGAAGCAAACGAACCGUUCAGGUCCGGCAAGUCUGCUCUCAGGUCAAUCGGUCUGCAAAUCGCCACCCAAAACCACAAGCUCCGUGAGACCCUUGCGAGCGGAGUGGACGACACGUGUUGCGCGACGUGGAACCUUUUCAACAUCUGGCAGUGGACAAUCGACCGACUGUACAAAGAGGAGUCGAACGAACAACUCUUCCUCGUCAUUGAUAGCAUUGAGCAAGCAAAUUACGACCAGGCCAACGAGCUCCUUGCUUACAUGAAAAUGGCCGUCGACGAGCAGCGGAAGAUUAAGGUUGUUUUCACCGGCAAUGACUCCGAGUUAUUGUCAACAUGGCGCAAGUAUCGUGUCAACAAACAUCUUGCUACUAUUUCUAUAGAUCCAACUGCUGCCAGGGCUGGGAUGCAGAGGUUGCUUGACUCUAGGUUCGAGUCGCUUCCUCGAUUGUCCAGAUUCAGUGACCAUGUGAAGGCAGAAGUUGCCAAAGUGAUGACAGACGGAAAAUAUGGGCUUCAAUACACCGACAGGAUUUUGCAAUACCUUGAUUCCAAGGGCCUUGAGCGUCCAGCCAUGAAAGCUCUCGACGAACUUCCAGAAGACCUUCCUAGUUUCUACAACAAUUUGCUAGCUACAUGCUCAGAGAACUUGAAAGAGCAAGAGCGGCCAUUGCUGAAGCUCAUAUUCGCGUGGAUAGCUUUCGCAGAGCGCCCACUGACCCUCGAGGAGGCCUACAGCUUGCUGAAGUUGAAGUUCAGAAAGUUGAUUGAUCUCGAGGCGGAAAUAGCAGGAAGAUGUUCUAGUAUCUUGGAUAUGUCCAGCACUCUCAUCUGGGAGGAUCGCGUACAAAAGAAGCCAGAAAAAGAAGUGAAGAGUGACUCCAACAUAGAGGGCUGGGCCGACGACCGAGCCGACAGGGUCAAGCAUCGCGACAAGUUCCAACCGGACAGCUCACUUCUUGUUCAUUUCCAAGAGAACACACUUCGUGAAUACAUGCGCUCAGGGGACGUCCCUAAUAACACUGUACAGACGUCACCUCUCCUUUCCCAUGUCGAUAUCUUCACCACUUGCACAGAGGUGCUCUGCAGCUGUGAAGAACAGGGAGAACUGGAGAGCGCUGAUCCAAGGCGAACACUCCAGAAGUACGCGGCGAGUUACUGGAUGGCUCAUUUCAAAGAGAUUCUCGAUAUUGCCACAUCUAAACUGUUACAGCACGACGCAGGAACCUGUUACGAUGACUUCGAUGAAGGAUUGCCUUACUGCAUCAAACUCUGGGCGCAAAAGGCCCUUGAGUGCUCGCAAAAUCUGCUAUCGGACGAAGUGAGGCGCUGGGCGCAGAGAGCGGUUGAAAAUCCAGCCGAAGUUUUACAGCCCCUUGCCCGCAACCAUCGCGAGAUUGAUGUAGGUCCUCCUCCACCUGACGAAGCAGGCGAAGAGGACCCAAGCUACUGGUUCUACAAGGAAAAUGAAGCCGAAGCCAAUGAGGCUGGAGGCGGAGAAGAGGAUGAUGACGACUCUUCAGAGGAAGAAGAAACAAAUACCUGCGAGCAAAUCGCGCAACUAGUUCUUGCUUUCCAAGACGUCGAAGUCGGGCCGUCUGGCCACAGGGCCAUUGGCUUGGUGCUCCUUUCUGACUGGCCAGUUUACGCUCUAGAUUCCUUCAACGAGAGCCUGAAAAUUUGUGAAACUGACAUCGACAAAUUUGCGACGCUCAUUACGAGGGCCAAAUGCCUCUACGACUUUACGGAUCAAGACGAAGAUGCUUAUGAUGAGGUAUGCAAGGCACUCGCACUCGACCGCUCCGGCCUGGACAAAAAGUAUGAUGACCUGCUUCACACCGCGCUUAUUGUGCGGGCUGCCUACGAGGGCGAUUAUAACAUGCUCGAAGCCGCCGUCAAGUCGUUGGAGGAUGCCAUGACAGUGUACUCUGGAGAUCGGGGAAAGACGGCUCAAGAUUUCAGCAUGUUGCUUCGCGCUCUUGACAAGCUCGGCCGGCACGAGGACAUCCUCGCCAGCAUUGUGACAUGGGGUCCGAUACGACUCGCCGUGACUUCUGAGGACUGGGAUGAGGUGAACUGGUGGUACCAGAAAGCGGCCAAGCAGACGGGACAGGAGCAGGUCAUGAUGACGACGUACGAACUCUUGUAUGCACUUGGCUGUCGCCGCAGUAUGGGCGAUAUGGCCAAGGCCAAGAGCUUGCUGUAUGAGAUCCUGGACGCAGAAAGUUGCAUCGAUCCGGCCACAGACGCCAUCUCGGAGGAAAUUCCUUACCUCGCGCGCCGCGAGCUCGCCGAAAUCAUCUACGAAGAAUUUCUCCAAGCGACGAGCUCUGCACAAAUGCGCGCCUCACUUUCCGAAGUUGAAGGCCUUGGGACUCGGAAACUCGGAAACGCCCAUCUAUUGGGCGACACGCAGUCGAAUUAUUUGAAGAGGCCUGAAGCCACCAUCCUCGCGAGAAUGUACCGUCGCUUCGGGCCACUGGACAAGUUCGAAGAGACGUUGACGGAGGCAUUCAACAACUGCGUGGCGAGCCUCAACGACGAGAACCCUUGGAAUGAUUCAGAUACCUUGCGUGAGCUGUGCAAUGUGCUUGCUUGUCUCCCGGGCCUGCAGAGCGAAGCCGCGAUUGCACUGAGUGCACAGUUCUAUCAUCUGGACAAGGAGCUGAUGAUGAAGAAUCUGGAUCUCCUUGCGAGGCUAAAUCACAACGAUGAGGGGAUUAACUUGACGGGUGGGAGCGAUGGAGAGUGGGAGGACACUGAUGAUGAUGAUGAAGCGGCGCAAGACAAAGAUGAAGAUGAAGACGGCCAUGCUACCGAUGCCACCCCUGAACAUCUCGACAAAGAGCCCACAGUGCGAGGGAAGAAGGGCUGGAUCCGCGCUAUCGUCGAGUUUGAUGACAAUGACGAGUUUGACACCACCGGCCACCGCGGCAUCCGCUGUGGUGGAUAUUGCCUGGAUAAUCCUGGCGAUAUUACGAGCUGGAAUCAGACGGCAAUGUAUCGUUGUGUCGUUUGUGCGAACUGUGAUUGGUGUGAGACCUGCUAUGUGAAGCGCGUCGCCAGUGACAAUGCUAGUGGGGGAAAAUGGCGAGCGUAUUGCAGUACCGGGCAUGAAUUCAUUCGCGGACCGGCGGAAGGAUGGAUGGGAAUUAAAGAUGGCAAGAUUGAAAUAAAGUACAAAGAGCCAGAAGAGUUUCGGGAGUGGUUGGGACGCUUAGAGAGGGAGAAAUGGCCGAGGGCUUGGGAGGAGUUUUGGAGGGGAUAAUGUGUUAAGCGGCAUGAUUUUAAUAGCCAAGCCGAAGAUUCAACAUCGAGGCAGGGAGUUCGUAAG